UUUAUUUUUUUACACUUCAUUAUACUUUCAAAAACGUGAUAAUUUAACCAAAAACUUUUAGAUUAAAACUUUUUAUUUUAGAAAAAGUAUCGUGAACGGACUAGCUGUGGCCCGUAGAUCGUCUCCCGGAUCGAGUGACAGACAGUAGUUGGCUGUGGAGGAGUUCCUGGGUGAGGUGCGUAGCAGGGAGCUACCUCACAGCGCUGGGCUCGUUUCACAACCCACAGCUCUUAAGUUUCUUAUGGCCCGAAAGUUUGAUGUUCCCAGAGCCAUUGACCUCUUCCAAGCAUAUAAGAACACAAGAAUCAAAGAGGGCAUCAUUAAUAUCAACCCGGACGAGGAGCCGCUGCGCUCUGAGCUGUUGAGUGGCAAGUUUACAGUCCUGCCUGGCCGAGAUGCUAAGGGUGCAGCUUUAGCGCUCUUCACUGCCCGCCUUCAUCGACCAGACGUCACUACCCACAAAGCUGUGCUGCAAGCCAUCAUCUAUCAGCUGGACAAAGCCAUAGAGAGUGUGCAAACUCAAAGAGAUGGGCUCAUAUUUAUUUACGACAUGACAAACUCCACGUAUGGAAAUUUUGACUAUGAGCUCUGUGUCAAGAUUCUCAAUUUGCUGAAGGGAGCUUUUCCUGCCCGUCUAAAGUGUGUCUUCAUUGUUUCCUCUCCUCUUUGGUUUCGAGCGCCUUUUGCUGUUCUCCGCCUGUUUGUGCGUGAAAAACUGAGGGAAAGGGUUUGCACAGUAAAAGCCCAUGAGUUGAUCAGUCACAUCCCCGUCUCCUCCCUCCCCGAACAUUUGGGCGGAACGUCUCAGUACAGCCACGUGGCGUGGAUCCAGUCCUGUGUUAACAUGCAAACGAACACCAUUCAGGAUGAUGCGCACGACUGUGUGGGAAGACUGCUGCGCUCUUACAGCUUAGAUAACAGUAACAAAAGUAUAGGUGUCACUCUGGCCCACCCUCACACGAACACACAGUUGGUUAACUCUAACUGUCACGACGACAACAAUGCUAACCCCCAUAACCACUGUGAUGCGGGGGACAGCAGGACUCGAGGCCUCGGCCAGUUGCAGCAGGGCUCAAACUCUGCUUCUCACGGGAACCACCAGCACUGGAACGGCUCCGCAGUGGGCGGAGCAACCGAGAGCGUUGGUGGCCCCAACGCAAACAUGAAUGGCCGUGGCUGCCAAGCUCCCCCACAGUCAGACACCCCUCCUGACACGCCACUUUCACAGAAGGAAGAGGGGGAUGCUGCUUCUAAGACGACAGACUCUGGCCAUAAGUCUCAAAAUGAAGGACUAAAUGAGGAGGACGAGGAGUGUGACGAAGAGGGAGGGUUACCUUCUUUGCCUAAGAAAUCUCUGCCUCGAGCACCCAACCAGCCUUCCUCACAGUCCCCUCCCCUGUCUUCAUCGUGGGGUCCCGACGAGAGCUGCUACAUGGAAGUGUCUGUCCACAUGCCGGAUCAGGGAGGCAUGACGUUGUAUGAACUGGUGGAUUACGUGAAGAGGAAGAAGAAGAGGGGCAUUUAUCAGGAGUACGAGGACAUCCGCAAGGAGCCUCCAGCAGGCUCCUUUGACUAUUCCAAAAAACUGUCCAAUCAGAUCAAAAACCGCUACAGCGAUGUUCUCUGCCUGGACCAGUCGCGAGUGCAUCUCUGCCAGCUCUGUGAUGAUGAAGAUGAGACAUCUGAUUACAUUAAUGCGAGUUUCAUGGACGGGUACAAGAGCCGCAACGCCUACAUUGCUACUCAGGGUCCUCUGCCGAAAACCUUUGGUGACUUCUGGCGGAUGGUUUGGGAACAGAUGGUACUUAUCAUUGUUAUGACCACCAGGGUUGUGGAGCGGGGUCGUGUCAAAUGUGGACAGUACUGGCCUCUGGAGGAGGGCAAGGCGGAGAAGCACGGAUACUUCUUGAUCAGGAAUACACAUAAUCAGUUGUUUCAGGAUUUCCAACUCACCCAUCUGGAACUGUACAACACACAGUCUGGGGAGAAACGCGAAGUAAGCCACUACCUCUACGUCAGCUGGCCUGACUUCGGGGUGCCAAAAAGUGCAUCUGCCAUGCUGGACUUCCGUGAGCAUGUUCUUGAAAGAAGGAAGGCUGCCGUCCAAAACCUGGGGUCCAGCUGGAGGGGGCCUCCAUGGGGACCUCCUGUGGUUGUUCACUGCAGUGCUGGAAUUGGACGAACAGGUACAUUCUGCACUCUGGACAUCUGCCUAUCUCAGCUGGAGGACGUGGGAACCGCCGACGUGCAUCAGACCGUGCGAAGGAUGCGCACACAGAGAGCUUUCAGCAUCCAGACCUGGGAUCAGUACUAUUUUUGCUACACGGCGAUUAUCGAAUACGCCCAGCGUCACGGGAAACUGUCCCCAGUGCAAUGGUCCGACUCAGACUUGGAGACUGACAGCGAGUGAGAGGCGACUGCACGAACAGGUUAACCGACCUGAGAACAAGAGAGAAGCAGCAAUUCAGGAAGGAGGAGACCCUUUGUCUGCCAGCGAGAAAGGAUGUUACUCUCCCUUUACAGCACGUGGAGCUGACGAGGAGCCUUGCAGUGGAAACUCUACAUUGCAUUCAUGAGCAAGCUGGCCUGCCAAUAUUAAAACCCCUUUUUAUUUAGCAGACUCAGCCUCUUCUUGUUGACAAACAUACAAAUUGUAGCAUUUUUUUAUACUGACUUGCACAUGAGGAAUGACAAACUUGAACUGAAGUCCUCUAAGUCUGAGUCCUUGUCCUUUUUUUUAUAUUCCUUGUUCCUUCUCAGCUCUGAACAAGUAAGUCUGCUCACACAUGGAGCGUGAGGGGCGAGAAAAGGUCAAACUUGAGGACUUAUCUUUGUUUUGUUUUGGAAGUAAUGGUUCGCUGUGAGAGUUGUUGUGACAGAUUACUGUGUGAAGUCUUUUGUCCACUUUCUUUCAUUUGUCCAUUAUUUUUUCUAUGCUUUCUUUUCGAUGUGCAUUUCAUAUUUGUGCAAACGUAGACUAACUUUUCAAAGCCAAAGUCUUUACCCAGAAUGCUUGGAUGUAUUCCUUUACUGAGAUAACGUAGA